UUAGUGUUUUGAAUGUAUUAACUAAAUUUGAAAGAAAGUGUGUGAAACCCUUGUAAGUAUUCAGUCUUAAAGAAAUUCAUCAAAUUCUUCUUUCAUGAGACAAGUAUACAGAUAAGACCAUACAAAUUUUAGAGAUCCCUAAAAUUUAAUGUUGUCAAAAAAUGUAAUCUAAAAACUUAGAGAGUUUGUGGAGGAUAGAAACCAUGCUAGAGUUCAGUUCGCUUGAAACAUUUUUCAGGUAAACUGCCUCAAGUAACACACACGAGAGAUUAUAUCAGUGCAACAUGAGGGUUCAUAAAGGAAAGAAAUGUUAUCAGUGUUCAGUUUGUUUAAGAGAAUUUAAAACAAACGUAAAUCUAAUAAAUCACAAGGAAACUCAUAGAGGGAACAGAUCAUAUCAGUGUUCUGAGUGUCUUAAGGACUUUAAACAGCGUUCAUAUUUAGUUCAGCAUAUGAAAGUUCAUUCAAAGGAGAAACCAUUUCAGUGUAAAGAGUGUCUUAAAAGCUUUAAACAUCGCUCCUAUCUAGUUUUACAUUUGAGAAUUCAUACAGGGGAGAAACCAUAUCAGUGUUCAGAGUGUUUUAAAAGCUUCUCACAGCAUUCACAUUUACUAAAACACAAAAAAGUUCAUACACGUGAGAGACCAUAUCAGUGUUUAGAAUGUGAAAAAGACUUUACUGACAAGUCAGGUUUAGGACGCCACAUGAGAGUUCAUACUGGAGAGAGAUCAUUUCAGUGCUCGGAAUGUGGCAAAGAUUUCUCCGAUAAAUCGGAUCUAGUAAGACACGUGAAAAUUCAUUCAAAGGAAAAAUUGUAUCGGUGUACUGAAUGUAACAAAGAGUUUAAUUAUAAAUCAGGUCUAGUGAAACACACAAGGUGUCACACAGAAGGCAAACCAUAUAAAUGUUCAAUAUGUCUGAAAGACUUCUCACAGCGUUCAUAUCUUGUACAACACAUGAGAGUUCAUACGGGAGAGAGACCAUAUCAUUGUUCAGUGUGUCUGAAGGACUUCAAGCGCAACUCACAGUUAGAAAUACAUAAGAGAGUUCAUACAGGAGAGAGACCAUAUCAGUGUGCUGAAUGUCAAAAAGGAUUUUCGGAUAAAUCAAAUUUUGUAAGGCAUAUGAGAGUUCAUACAGGAGAGAAACCGUAUCAAUGCUCAGAAUGUUUUAAAUAUUUUUCUCAGCAUUCACAUCUACUUCUUCACAUGAAAGGUCAUAAGAGUGAGAGUCCAUAUCAUUGCUCAGAUUGUCUAUUAGAUUUUUCAAGUAAUUCAGAGCUGUUAAUACAUAUGAGAGUACAUAUAAGAGAAAAGUCCAAAACACCUUUAACAUAAUUCUAGGUGGUCAUCCACAUUUUUCAUGGUGGGGAUGUUUAUACUGUGAUGCUGUGGACAAUAUCUGCUGUACUAGACGGAUUAUGGCUGCGUAAUACAGUUCUCCUCUUGUUUGUUGUGCAUCGAGACUCUUAGAAUCACAGUUUCUCUUCAUCUAGAUAUUGAGAAUGUCUUGGAACUGUCACCCAUUCUUAAACAGCAGGCUUCAGUUUUGUACCUGGAUGUACAGGCAUGGGAAUGAAGAUGCGGAGUUUUGCAUUACUUGAUAAAGCUCUACCAUAAGCAAAACAUGUCUCAAUAAAGGCAUAUUUCUCAUACUGUGUUCUUACCCAAAUUUUUCACCUUCUGAAUUGAGCUCUGUUUUAGGGUUGCUCUAUACUAAUUAAUAGUUAUGUAAUAUAUCACUCACUUUUCUUUGUAAGAAUUUUUAAUGAAACCAUCUUGUGAUACUGUAUCAUACAUGCAGUAUUGAAGUUAGAAAGGAUAAAAUGCACUAAAGAAUGGUAUGAGAGGAUAAUAAUGUUCUUUAUGACAAAAGUUGUGUUCCACAGAUAUUUUGUUAACCUGCAUAACUGUUAAGAUGAUUUUGACUGUAAAAAGCAGACUGGCUAAUAUGCAGAAUGCACUGUACAGUGUGUCCUAAUAUUUAACAAAUUCAUUUAUUCAAGUUGUGUGCCACAGUCUAUGUUUAGUACUUUGUUUUUGUUUACACACUGACUUGGCUUAUUUGUGUGUAUAAAGUGUUUUAAUUGUGAGCAAGCUGAGUGGACUAGUUUUUAUAGCAUCCUCAUCUUGUGUUUACAAAGAUCAGAUCCCAGCUCAAGGGCAUCAAUCCUUAAUCACUAAUAAACCCAGGAGAUGCCUUCUACAUCCAGUGAUCUUAGUUGUAUUUUCAUCUGAACUCUCUCUAGCCUCAAGCUGAAGAAUUCCCUUCAUAAAUUUUAUUUUCUCUCAUUGGUUCUUAGUUUCCAUGUGUAUUUCCUUUAGGCUAAUGGGUGCAUUUGCUACAUUUUGAUAUUUAUUUAGGCCGUGUUGCUCACCAGGAGCUUCAAAAAGACUUAAUGACACUCCCAGCAAGCAGAAUGUAUCCUAAAUAAAUAUCCAAACAUUGUAUGUGUUUAUUACCUAAAUUGGUUGAUGGUAUACAUGCACCAGUCAUUCCCUUAUAUUGUAUUCCAGUGUACCAGUCAUACUCUCACAUACUCUCCCUUGUGUUUCCAUCCCUUUUAACACAGUUCUCAUCCUUCUUGUUGAUACAUUUAACCCUUAAAAGUGUCAAUGAUGGAAAUUUGUAUCAUGUCACAAAGUGCUGGUGGCACAAAGGCGAGUCAUAUACCUACUGUCUUCAAAUCUGGCACGAGAAGCAGGAGCGCGGCCUGCACAACAAAGAAUGGGUAUGCACAGUUGGUGUGUGCUAUCGAGGAAAAAAUUCUAGCCUGUCAGGUGCAUCGUAGGAACCACAUACCAGUGUGCUACACCUGUAAAUAGUGUAUAUAGCUAUUAGAACAUUACGAACAAUAAAUGUAAAAGAAUGAUUAUAUAUUUUUUGUGAAUGCGAUAUAAAUGUAUGUACAUUUUAAUGUGGUUGGUAGUAUUUUUGUUUAAUAAGUGUAUGAAAGAGGGGAAGGUACCUAGGGAUUGGCAGAGACCAUGUAUAGUUCCUUUAUAUAAAGGGAAGGGGGACAAAAGAGACUAAAAAUUAUAGGGGAAUAAGUUUACUGAGUAUACCAGGUAAAGUGUAUGGUAGGGUAAUUAUUGAAAGAAUUAGAGGUAAGACAGAGAGCAGGACUGCAGAUGAGCAAGGAGGCUUUAGAAUGGGUAGGGGAUGUGUAGAUGAAGUGUUUACAUUGAAGCAUAUAUGUAAACAUUAUUUAGAUUAAGGUAGGGAAGUUUUCAUUGCAUUUAUGGAUUUAGAAAAGGCAUAUAAUAGAGUGGAUAGGGGAGCAAUGUGGCAGAUGUUGCAAGUGUAUGGAAUAGGUAGUAAGUUAAAUGCUGUGAAGAGUUUUUAUGAGGAUAGUGAGGCUCAGGUUAGGGUUAGGGUAUAUAGGAGAGAGGGAGAUUAUUUCUCAGUAAAAGUAGGUCUUAGACAGGGAUGUUUAAUGUCACCAUGGUUGUUUAACAUAUUUAUUGAUGGGAUUGUAAAAGAAGUAAAUGCUAGGGUGUUGGGGAGGGGGUGGGAUUAAAUUAUGGGGAAUCAAAUACAAAAUGGGAGUUGACAUUGUUACUUUUUGCUGAUAUUAUGUUUUUGGGGGAUUUUAAAGAAAAGUUGGAAAGGUUAAUGGAUGAGUUUGGGGGGGUAUGUAAAGGUAGAAAGUUGAAAGUGAACAUAGAUAAGAGUAAGGUAAUGAGGGUAUCAAACAAUUUAGAUAAAGAAAAUUGGAUAUCACAUUGGUGGGAGGGAGUAUGGAAGAAGUGAAUGUUUUCAGAUAAGUGGGAGUUGACUUUUCAGUGGAUGGGUUUAUGAAGGGUGAGGUUAAUCAUAGAACUAAUGAAGAAAAAAAAAGUGAGUGGUGCAUUGAGGUAUCUGUGGAGACAUAAAACGUUGUCCAUGGAGGCAAAGAAGGGAAUGUACGAGAGCACAGCGGUACCAACACUUAUAUAGAUGUGAAGCAUGGGUUGUAAAUGCUGAAGUGAGGAGGCAGUGGAGAUGUCCUGUCUAAGGGCAAUGUGUGGUGUAAAUGUUGCAGAGAAUCCGUAAUGUGGAAAUUAGGAGGUGUGGAGUUACUAAAAGUAUUAGUCAGAGGGCUGUUAAGGUGGUUUGGUCAUUUAGAGAGAAUGGAGCAAAGUAGAAUGACUUGAAGAGUAUAUAAAUCUGUAGGGGAAGGAAGGCAAAAGGUAAGGUUCAGCCCCAAAAUGGUUGGGGGGAGGGGGUAAAGGAGGUUUGUGGGUGAGGGACUAGGACUUCCAGCAAGCGUGCAUGAGCAUGUUAGAUAGGAGUGAAUGGAGACAAAUGGUUUUUGGGACCUGAUGAGCUGUUGGGGUGUGGGCAGGGUAAUAUUUUGUGAAGGGAUUCAGGGAAACUGGUUAGCCAGACUUGAGUCCUGGAAAUGGGAAGUACAAUGCCUGUACUUCAAAGGAGGGGUUUGGGAUAUUGGCAGUUUGGAGGGACAUCUGAACUGUUGUAUCUGGGCACCUCUGCAAAGACAGUGAUUAUGUAUGAGUGAUGGUGAAAAUGUUGAAUGAUGAUGAAAGCUUUUUCUUUCUUUUUGGGUUUUUUCUUUUUGGGUCAGCCUGCCUUGGUGGGAGAUGGCCAAUGUAUUAAAAAAUAAAUUUAAUGCUCUGUUUUUAGACUUAAUUGAUAAUAACUGCCAGUUCCUAUAAAGAUUAUGGUUCUACUCAAUAUUAGCGAAAAUAAAGCAAAAUAAAUUGCAUAUAUGAAAAAAUAGGUUGAAAAAUCACUACGAAUUUGCAUUAUAACGCAUUGAACAGCUGGACCCAAAACUGCUACACCGAGCACCAAAAAUGCCAAACUUGUAGCUGUAUAAUUAUGUAAACAUUACUUGUAUUUAAAGUAAAAGGACACAAGUGCAACUAAUGUGACAUUUAUUGUGACAAUAAAUGUCACAUUAGUUGCACUUGUGUCCUUUUACUUUACAUAUUGUCGGUAAUUCUACCAACUUUAUUACUUGUAUUACAGUUCUGUUUUCUUUUAUAUUUUUUUAAACAAUGGCCGCUUACCACUGAGGCAGAGUGACUAAAAUAAAGAAACAAUUUUGCUUUUUACAUUUAGUAAUAUAUUUAGGAGAAGGGGUUACUAGCCCCUUGCUCCCAGGUUUGUUUUAUUGCCAUCAGAAAGAUAAUCUCUUCAAUUUCAAAAGAAUUUUUUCAAAAUUUAGUGGGUCACACAGUGGGUUUACACUGUUAGUCAUGAGACACUGUAAUCGUUAAGUAUCUUGAACACUAACCAUCUUCCCUGAUCCUCUGUGUCUGUCCUUAUAACUCAGGAUUAUACUCUGGGACUGGACUGGGAACCAAUCUUUGAAGCUAUGCAAGCUGUCUAACGUGUGAGGAAGUGUGGAUUCCAUUUGAUGGAUUGUCUUUCUAAAUAAUAUUAGAUCAUAAAUUGUUGAUAAUGAAGAUAUUUAUAAAUUAUUGUUGAUAAAUUGUAAUAAAUUAUUAUUACUGUUAUUGAUUUAUAAAUUAUUAUUGUUGGUACUGAUUUACAAAUAAUUAUUGCUGGUAUUCAUUUAUAAUACUUAAAUUUUAUUCAGGUGAUGAAUAUAAUUAUCAGUAGUGAAAGUAAACUUAAAAACUUAUCUAUAUCUUAACAAUUUGAAUUUCACUUUUAAUUCUCAAACAAACAUGAAUCAUCUUACAAUUUUUAAUUUAUUUUUUAAAUAUUUAAAAUUUGUUAAUCUUUGAUACAUUAUAUAACUUUUAUUAUAUUUCUUCCAGUCUCACCAUUUGUAAAUGAAAAGCUCCAAAAUAAACUACUGAAGCAAUUUUCAUAAUAUAAUUUAAAAGUAAUUUGUUAUCUACAUUACAGUCUGAAAGCCCAAAAGUAUAUUUUAGUUUUCAAGCUGAUAUUGUAUGAGUUUUGUAAUAAAGUCUUAUACUUC